ACCCGGCAGGCAGCCAUGACGGACCAGCAGGACUGGGGGAAUCCAUCCAAGAGAAAAGGGAGAUUGACUGCGGUCCUCGUCUUGGCCACGCUCAUUUCUGCAUUCGGUUCCUCCUUCCAAUACGGGUACAAUGUGGCCGUGGUCAACUCCCCUUCACUGUUCAUGAAGGCCUUCUAUAACUCCACCUAUAUGGAGCGCUAUGGCGUACCGAUGGAAGAGGAGGUGCUGACUCUGCUGUGGUCCCUCUCCGUCUCCAUGUACCCUCUGGGGGGCUUGCUGGGCUCUCUCAUGGUGGCCCCCCUGGUCAACAAACUGGGGAGGAAGGGAACCCUCCUCUUCAACAACAUCUUCUCCAUCGUCCCUGCCGUGAUGAUGGGGGUCAGCGAGACCAUCCGGUCCUAUGAGAUCAUCAUCGUGGCCAGGGUUCUGGUUGGCAUAUGUGCCGGUCUGUCCUCUAACGUGGUGCCCAUGUACCUGGGGGAGAUCUCCCCAAAGAACCUGCGGGGGGCCCUCGGCAUCGUGCCCCAGCUGUUCAUCACCAUUGGGAUCCUCAGCGCCCAGGUGCUGGGCAUCAGGAACAUCCUAGGGAACAGCACAGGCUGGCCUCUGAUGCUGGGUCUGACGGGUAUCCCUGCCGUGGUGGAGCUACUGCUGCUGCCGCUGUUCCCAGAGAGCCCCCGGUACCUGCUCAUCCAGAGAGGGGAUGACACCACCGCAAGGAAAGCACUGCAGCGUCUGCGGGGCUGGGAGGAGGUGGACGAGGAGCUGUCCGAGAUGCGUCUGGAGAACCAAUCGGAGCGGGCGGAGGGCCAGCUGUCUGUGGUCCGCCUGCUGUCCCAGGCCUCCCUCCGCUGGCAGCUCACCUCCAUCAUCGUCAUGAACAUGGGCCAGCAGCUCUCGGGGGUCAACGCGAUCUACUACUAUGCAGACAGCAUCUAUGCCUCAGCCGGUGUCCAGGAGAACCACAUCCAGUUUGUUACCGUGGGGACAGGGGCAGUCAACGUCGUCAUGACCAUUGCGGCUGUGUUCAUUGUAGAGGCCGCAGGUCGAAGGCUUCUUUUGCUGAUCGGGUUUGGGAUCUGCUGUGCAGCGUGUGUUUUACUCACCAUAGCCCUCAAAUUCCAGGAGAGCUUAUCCUGGAUGCCCUAUCUCAGCAUAGCCUGUAUCAUCAUCUACGUCAUUGGCCACGCCAUAGGCCCCAGUCCCAUUCCCUACGUGGUGACUACGGAGAUCUUCAGGCAGUCGUCCAGGCCGGCUGCCUUCAUGGUGGCGGGAUCAGUCCACUGGUUGUGCAACUUCACUGUGGGACUGGUGUUCCCCUUCCUAGAGAGAGGCCUGGGCCCGUACAGCUUCAUCAUCUUCUCCGGCAUCUGCCUGGCCACGUUCAUCUACAUAUGGAUGGUUGUGCAGGAGACCAAGAACAAGACCUUCCUAGAGAUCAGCCAGAUGUUCGCCAAGAAGAACAAAGUGGAGAUCAAGCAGGCCUACGGGGACGAACCGCUGAAGGGCAGCGAAGUGGGACCGGAGGAUGUACUAUCUGACACUGCUUUUUAGAGGAAACCGAGAGCAUUCAGGAGGGAGAGGUGGGAGGAAGUCUCCCCUGCUGUGCCAACGUCUGAGGCAACUGGAGCUGGUUAGAAUUGACUUUUUUUCAUUACAUCAAACGAACACCAAGGCUUCUGUGUGUCUCCGUUCCAAAACAUUAAAGACCGUUGUGUACAUUUCUGUUUGGAUGGAAGGUUCUGUUUAGUAGAGCCAUUUUGAUAUGCCACAAGGGCUUAUACAAUUUAACUUGUGUUUGUGUGUAUGCCUGAAGUCAUCACAAGAGCCAUUCAUUUUUUUCAGAAUUGUUUAUUGCUGAUACAAAAAAGUGAUAUUAAAUUCAUGACUGACACUGUGGUUGAUAGUUCUUAACUA